UCAAAGUCAGAGGUGGGGGCAGAGAGUAAAGGUCAGGAGGCAGAUUCACCAUGUCCAACCCUCAGCUUCGGGGACCCCAGAUUUAACCCCCCUCCUGCCAGAGUGGAAAGGCGCCAAGAUGCACAAAGUGGACCUACUGCUGGAGACCAAGGAGGUGGCUGCCCGCGAGGCGCGGAGGGAGCGAGAGAAGCAGCGGCUGAUCCGCAUCUUCAACUCACGCCACCGCACCAUGGGGGUGGACAUGGAAGCCCUGAGGAGUCAAGUGGAGGAGUGGAAGCUGAGAGUGGAAACGGAGAAACGCCGGGAUGAGACCUAUGACGCCGAGCAGGUGCUGUGCGACCGGGUGGCGCAGAUGCUGGAGGAGGAGGAACGUCAGCGGGUGCGGCGCCUCCACCAGGCCGUGCAGGAGUUCCGGGAGCAGGAGCAGCCACCCCACACCCGGCGGGAGUGGGACCUGUACAACCCCGAGGGGCUGCGCCUGGACCAGCCAGCCCGGGUCAGCGACUAUGACCCACGCUGCGGUCCUGCCAGCCUGCAGCGCUUCGCCGGCGAGGACCUGGCGCUGCCCACCCGCCGUCGGCUGCAGCAGGAGCAGCAGUGCCGCAGCCUAGAGGACCAGUGCGCCGAGCGGCAGCGGGCCCUAGCCGACGCCAAGUAUGCAGACACGCUGGAGGAUAAAAAGCGGGUGGAGCUGGAUCUGCGGGCACAGCAGCUGGCCCAGCUGGAGGAGGAGUGCCGCCGCGCCAAGGAUCUUGCCACGGCCGACUACAACCGGGCCCAGGCAGCGGAGGCGGCGGAGCAGCACCGGCUGGCGUGUCAGCGGGAACAGGAAGACAACCAAGCCGAGAUCCACAACCACCUGACGGGGCAGCUGCUGACAGAGGAUCCAGCCGUGGCCGAGAGCCUGCUGGGGCCUCACCGUGUCAUCACCGACCGCUGGAAAGGCAUGAGCCCGAAGCAAGUGGAGGCUGUGUGGAAGGCCCAGGAGGAGCAACGCCGGGAGAACCAGAGGCUGCGGGAGGCGGAGCAGCAGCGGGAGGCUGAGUGGGAGGCGCAGCGGCAGCUGGCAGCCCGCGCGGCCAUGGCGCUGGAGGAGAAGGAGCGCUUGUCCCGGCUGCAGCUGAGGAAAGGCCUGGAUGCCUACAACCAGCAGCUGGCACAGGAGCAGAGGGCACAGCAGCAGUACCUGCAGAGGGAGGUGUACACCAAUGCGCCCAGCGCCCAGCACCACCUGCAGUUCAACACCAGCAGCCGCUAGGCCCAGCCCCGCCCCACCAACUUUGAAAACCCCCUGCCCCGCCGGGACACGCCCCACCCCUGCCUCCUGCCCCGCCGGGACACGCCCCACCCCCU